ACUUAAUGCUCGACCAAUGGCAUGAAGAUGCAGCUUUUUUAUACUUCCGAGCCGUUUCUAGGAAAUGCUCAGCUACAAAAAUGGCAGGUAACCACAAAUUCUCUAAAACUAAGAGGCAGGCUCAAGCAGAAACCACGCAUGACGAAGUGACAGAUGAUGCGUCGUAAAAAUGAUUCUGACGGUUAUAUUUUUCAUUGCAUUGGUCACCUCUGCUCGAGAGACGGCCCAUCCAAAAGCAGUACUGACUGUGGAAUCUAGAUGGACAGAGAUCUUCCCCAGUGAGAGUGUAACUCUGAGGUGUGACCUUCAGGGUGGCUCUGCUGAAUGGGAGUAUAAAUGGUACAAAGAUCAGCAGGAAAUUAGCAAAUACAAGACUGGAGACAAAUACAGAAUCCCCUCUGUUACUCAGUCAGACACUGGACAGUACACCUGCAGAGGGCAGCAUCUAAAAAGAACUGUGUUGUCAGAAAUGAGUGAUGGCACUUCAGUUACUGUUUCAGCCCUUCCAAAAGCAGUUCUGACUUUGGAGACUGGAUGGACGGAGAUCUUCAUCACUGAGAGUGUGACUCUGAGGUGUGACCUUCAGGGUGGCUCUGCUGAGUGGGAGUAUAAAUGGUACAAAGAUCAGCAGGAAGUUCCCAAAUAUGAGGCUGGAGACAAAUACAGAAUUCCCUCUGUUACUCAGUCAGACACUGGACAGUACACCUGCAGAGGGCAGUAUAGAAGGAGAACAGUGUUAUCAAAAAUGAGUGAUGACAUUUCAGUUACUGUUUCAGCCCUUCCAAAAGCAGUUCUGACUUUGGAAACUGGAUGGACGGAGAUCUUCAUCACAGAGAAUGUGACUCUGAGGUGUGACCUUCAGGGUGGCUCUGCUGAGUGGGAGUAUAAAUGGUACAAAGAUCAGCAGGAAGUUCCCAAAUAUGAAGCUGGAGACAAAUACAGAAUCCUCUCUGUUACUCAGUCAGACACUGGACAGUACACCUGCAGAGGGCAGUAUAGAAGGCGAACAGUGAUGUCAGAAAUGAGUGAUGGCACUUCAGUUACAAUAUUAGCCAUCCCGACGGCAAUGCUGAGCCUGGAAUCUGGAUGGACAGAGAUCUUCACCAAUGAAAGUGUAUCUCUGAGAUGUGACCUUCAGGGAGGCCCUACACAGUGGGAAUUUAAAUGGUACAGAGAUGGACAGGAGAUUCCUUCAUAUGGACCUGGAGACAAAUACACAAUCACCAAAGCUACUCUGUCAGACCAUGGAGACUACACCUGUAGGGGGCAGUAUCGAGAGAGAAGGAGUGUACAGUCUGUAGGCAGCAGGGUGCUGACACUUACAGUCUUUGACACCCCAGGCAUUUCACUGAAACAGGAUCCUCCUGGACACAUCUACAGAGGAGAACAUCUUAGCCUGACCUGUAGUGUUCAGGGGGUUUCUAAAGGCUGGGAGUAUUUAUGGUACAAAGGCCCAGAGAGAACAGCACUGGCCAACACUAACAGCAGCACCAGCGACGGGUCUAAUUACACCAUCAGCUCUGCCGCUUUGUCCCACAAUGGAGAGUACUGGUGUCGAGCCCGAAGAGGGAGAGACCAGUACUAUACCGAGUACAGUAAACCAGUAAAGUUAACCAUAUUUGAUGUCCCUGAAGCAGUACUAACCCUGCAGACUGCAUGGGCAGAGAUUUUCAUUACUGAAGGACGGACUAUGAGGUGUAAAAUUGAGAAUGGCUCUACAGCGUGGGAGUAUAAAUGGUACAGAGAUGGACAGGAAAUCCCCAAAUAUGUGGCUGGAGAUAAAUACACAAUCCUCUCUGCUGGUCCAUUAGAUUCUGGAAGAUACUCCUGUAGAGGGCAGUAUCGAAGGCCAACAGUAUUGUCCAACUUGAGCAAUGAGCUCUCAAUUCAAGUUUCAGAGACUGUUCCAGAUUCCAAAUUGAAUCAGUAUCCCUCCACUGAAGAGAUCUACACGGAAGAUCACGUCACCCUGAGCUGUAAGGUUGGGGUGGAUUCUGCAGGCUGGGAGUAUCUGUGGUACAAAGGCCCAGAGAAAGCAGCACUGGCCAACACUGACAGCAGCACCAACGACGGGUCUAAUUACACCAUCAGCUCUGCCGCUUUGUCCCACAAUGGAGAGUACUGGUGUCGAGCCCAAAGAGGGAGCCAUCCGUUCUACACCAGCUUCAGUGAUUCUCUGAUGCUCAAUAUGUCAAUCCGUCCCAAAGCCUCGCUGAUUUUGGAGACUGGCUGGACAGAGAUGUUCAGCACGACCCACUUGAUGCUGAGGUGUGAGGUUCCUGAAAGCUCUGCUAAGUGGAACUACACAUGGUACAGAGAUGGGCAGCAGGUCCCAGAGGAACAUACAGGAGAGAGAUACACAGUGACCGACGGGAGCAGUCAGUACACCUGCAGAGGAAAUACAACCGAUAGGCCGUUUUACACAAGGAUGAGUGAGGUUCUUUCACUUGGCAAGAUCUUGCUAAAGAGGAAGAUGCUUCUGUCCGUCUCCGGACUCCUCCUAUUCAGUCCCCUUGUCAUUAUUCUUGGGUGUUUUUGCUUGAAGAGGAACCGUAAAGAGGUUCCACCACCGAAAGAAGAGCUUUUCUUAUCCAAAACAAUAAAUGGAGAUGAUGACAAUUUGAAUGGAAGGGCAGAUUCCCCUCUGAAUUUGUCAUGCGAAAGUAACGAUAUUGGAGGAAAUCAAUUCUGCAGUCAUCCGGAGGAAGGCGAGGCGUUAUACGUAUCUCCAGAGAACCUGCUUUCAUUUAAAGCUGAUACAGCCAAUCCAGCGCUGCCGUCCUGUGAGACUUAAAGGGCCACCAUGAACUUGAACUGCCUAGAAGCAUCAAGGGAAAAUGAAGAAUCUGCCUGCCUGGUAUACAGGGUGAAUAUUAAACUGGGACACUUAGGUUUUAUACUCUAUAUAUUUAUAUCUAGUAUGACAACAAAUCGAUAAAAACUAAAUGCGGUUUUCUGUGAUUAAUUGCAAUUACUCAAACCCCUAAUAUUCUCACAAUUAUAUGCUUACAGCUUACAACUUAAAUAUUUACAAAUUGAAUACCUACACUGAUAUAGAAUUAAGAAAAUUAAGUACAUGGGUCAUUUCCACAUGAAAUUUCUAUAAUUUAUAAUAUUAGUUUGACGGCAGACUUACGGAGUUGAACUAAACUAACCAAAAAUUGAGCAAAGAUAUGCAUCUUAUUGUCACGAUCGGGUACAAGCAGACGGGCGAUCGUGCGGGUAAGGAGCAGGCAGGCAAGCGGGAUACGGGGAAAACGGGGUUUUAUUUGGGGAAACCGGAGCAGGACGGGAAACAGGCAUUGACAACAUCAAUGACGGACAAAGGACUCGGGUAAGACAUGGACUGAAAUACACAGGACUGAUUGAAAAUAAGCAGACACAGCUGGGUACAAUCCGGGAAACACACGUGGGUAAGCAGGGGGCGUGGCACACAGGAGGAGCCGACGAGCAGGGCAUGACACUUAUCAUACAAAAUGAUUGUUUAUUCUGGGUGACUUGCAAUAAAGUUGAAAGAUUUAAAAAAUAGGGGACGGCAUGGUGAUGCAGUGGUUAGCACUGUUGCCUCACACCUCUGGGACCCGGGUUCAACUCUCCGCUUGGGUCACAUGUGUGUGGAGUUUGCAUGUUUUCCCCAUGUCGUCAUGGGGAUUUAAAAAAUAUCUAAUCUGGUUUGAUUUGAUUUUUUGCUGCCUAUUUUGGGAAAAUUAUUUUUUAAAAAGACCCAUCAAAUCAAAGUCAUUUUCUUAUGCCACAUUUUCUCCCGUCCUGUUUUUCGGCUUUUAUAUUUCAGUAUGAAUUCUGAUGACUAUUGCUGAACAAAAACUCAAUUUUCUGUUUAAUAACUUUAUUUAGCUCUUUAACGUCCUAGACAUAUUAGUGAAAUAUGCUCACACACUAUCAUUUUUAUUUUUUUUUUUUAUAUUGUGUCUUUGGAAUUGCUGGUACAAAGAAGCUCUUCUUUACACAACAAUAUUUAUCUCCCUUCUCAAUAAAUGACAUUAAAUUAAGAAACAAUGAAAACUGUAUACACUGGUCACUUUAAAGUAUUGACCAGCUUGUACUUAAUCGUGUGAGAUAAAACAGCAGCAAAUGGUGGAUCUCCGUCGAAUCUGUGAUGCCCUGAUGGAAGGCCAGCGUACACUGGCAGGAGACAAUCAGCACCAUGUUCACACGCUAUAAAAACACAGUCCGAGUCAAGUCUCAAGUCUCCAUUGUCUUUCCAAUUUGACAUUAAUAUUUAUCAAAAGUGUAACUGCCUAUGUGUUUUCUAUUAGUAACUUAUGUGAUUAAAUGGGAAUCAUCAUUUGAACAGUUCAAAAACUGCAUGUCCCAUAGUUCCUUGGGCUUAUAUAUAUUUUCAAAGUAAUCGUUAUUUCAAAUGCCUUUGAAACAAUAAAAUUUUCCUUCUAAUGUA